UGUAGCUCAUACGCAAAUUGUCAAAGACUCAAGUCACCCUUUUUCACUUCACUAAUAGCAGUAGCAAAUACCAGACAAACUCACCAGCAGAAUCUUAGCUGGAUGCAUCACCUCCUCCUCCUCCUCCUCCUCCUUCUCCUCCACACUUUCCCUUCCUCUUCCUUUUACUCUCUCAUGAUUCAACCCUUUCCCAUUUUCCUUUCUCUCGCUCUCUCUUUCAACAAAGCAAACAGUCCCCACAAAUCACACCCACAGCACAUUUCUUUCCUCCUCCUCCUCUCUGCUCUUGAAACGUAGAGCCGAGACACCACAAAAUGCCCACCUCUUUCCUCGCUUCCUCCUUCAUCACUAUAUCACUCUUCAUCUUAUCCUACGCGCCCCUCCACUUAUCCUCCUCCACCACCACUAACCGUCGGAUUCUUCAUCAACCAUUCUUCCCACAGGACUCCAUUCCUCCCACCGAACCUCCAUCCCCUGCCCCGCCUUCCCCGCCAUCGCCACCAUCGCCACCAUCCCAAAUCCCAUUUCCCACUCCCACCCCUAACCAAUCCCCCUUUUUCCCUUCCUACCCUUCCCCUCCACCCCCCCCGUCCCCUACCGCAUUCGCAUCUUUCCCAGCCAACAUCUCCUCUCUCAUCCUCCCUCAGUCCUCUAAACCCAAACCCACUUCCCAAAAACUCCUUGUCGUCGCCAUCUCGGCUGUCAUCUCCGCUCUCAUUGUCUUGGGCAUCAUCGCCUUUUAUUACGCUCGCCGCCGGAGAAACCAAACUAACUUCUCCGACAACAAGACUUACGGUGGAUCCAGUAACAGUAACAGACAGUACCAAGUAACUGCAGAUACAAGAGCAAGUAGCAACAGCCAUAAACUAAGAACCUCUUCAACUAGUUCCGAGUUUCUUUACUUGGGAACUGUAGUAAAUUCAACGAGGUUAGAUGAAAGCUCCAAUGACAACACUAAUGUCAGGUCUGAUCAUCAUAAACUGGAGUCCCCGGAGCUCCGGCCCCUUCCACCACUCAACAGGGAUAAUUCGAGGCAGAAUUAUGGAAGUGGUAAUUUUGAUAGGGAUGGGAAUGAAGAGGAGGAGGAAGAGGAGUUUUACUCACCGCGAGGAUCUUCAGGCGGUAGAGAAAGCUCCAGCGGGUCUAGAAGAGGUUUUUCUGUUGCUGCUGCAGGUUUUGAUGCAAAAAGUAUUGAAUCUUCAAGCUCGCAUUCGUCUUCCAUUUCAGCUUCUCCUGCUCGGUCUCAUUCUCUCAGUAUUUUUCCGCCAGUAAGUUUGAGUCCCAGACCAAAAUCGCCGGAAUCUGUUACUGUACUUGCUGCUCAAUCGUUGCCACCGCCAUCGCCAUCAAUAAUGGAUGCUCAUAAUGAGAGGGAAUCUUCUUCAUCAUCUUGUGCUUCAUCUCCAUAUGCUUCGCCUAAAAUUACACUAAAUUUGGAAAGAAAUGUACUGUCUUCGGCUUCUACUUCUCCUAGAGUGUUGAAUGAUUUGGAUCGAAACAAUGUGAUUAUGCGGUCUCCAUCUUUAUCUCCAGCUAGAAUAUUGAAUAGCAAUUUGGCCCAAAAUAGACCUUCUAGCUCACCUUCUUCUGUUUCAACUUCACCUGAAAGAGUACUGAACGAUUUGGCUCGAUUUAAUGUGAAUUCUCCGUCGUUGUCCUCUGUUUCUUCAUCACCUGAUAGAGAUUUGGAAAGGACCCCAUCACCGAAAAUAUCAAUUGAUUUGGAUCGAACUGCGCAGUCUCCUUCACUGUCUGUUGCUUCUUCACCAGAAAGAGGUUUCGAGAAGAGCCUACCUACAUCUCCAAUAGUUUCAAAUGUUUUGGAUCGAAUUGAGAUGUCUCCUUCAUUGUCUGUAGCUAAGAGCACAUUUUCAUCUCCCAGAAUCUCGAAUGUUUCGGAUCAUACUAAGAUGUCUCCUACAUUAUUGUCUUCACCUUCUUCUUCGCCGGAUAGAAAGAGCCCAGAUGUAUCACCAACAAUGACUUCUAGUGUUUUGGGUCUAAAUGCAAGAAUUAGUAAUGUUUUCGAGCAGCUUAUGUCAGUUCCGCCUCCCCCGCCCCCGCCCCCGCCCCCGCCCCCGCCAAUGCUGCUACCGCGAAGACAAUGGGAAUCUCCCAGUGUUAAUGCAUUAUCAACACCAACAGACCAGCCAAUUUCAAAGCCUCCGGCGCUUAUACCACCCUCAAGGCCUUUUGUAUUACAAAGCACAACCAAUGUAUCGCCAAUUGAGUUGCCACCUAGUUCUAAAACAAUGGAGGAUGACGAGGAAACUCCUAAACCAAAGUUAAAGCCCUUGCAUUGGGAUAAAGUUAGAGCAAGCUCUGAUCGUGAAAUGGUGUGGGAUCAUCUGAGGUCCAGCUCUUUUAAAUUGAACGAGGAAAUGAUUGAGACAUUGUUCGUCGUCAAUACGCCAAAACCAAAGCCAGCCACUCCUCAUUCAGUUAGCCUAACACCCAACCAAGAAAAUAGGGUACUUGAUCCCAAAAAGGCGCAGAACAUUGCAAUUUUGCUCCGGGCAUUCAAUGUGACAAUUGAGGAGGUUUGUGAAGGCCUUUUAGAAGGAAAUGUUGAUACUCUAGGAACUGAACUUCUAGAAAGUUUAUUGAAGAUGGCUCCUACCAAAGAAGAGGAGCGUAAAUUGAAAGAAUACAAAGAUGAUUCUCCAACCAAGCUUGGUCAUGCUGAGAAAUUCCUGAAGGCAGUGAUUGAUGUACCUUUUGCAUUUAAACGAGUGGAUGCAAUGCUUUACGUAGCCAAUUUUGAGUCCGAGGUUGAAUACCUCAAAAGGUCCUUUGAAACUCUGGAGGCAGCCUGUGAAGAAUUGAGAAAUAGCAGGAUGUUUUUGAAACUUUUAGAAGCUGUGCUCAAGACAGGAAACCGCAUGAAUGUUGGCACUAACCGUGGUGAUGCCCAUGCCUUCAAGCUUGACACGCUCCUUAAGCUUGUUGAUGUCAAGGGUGCAGAUGGAAAGACCACACUCUUGCAUUUUGUUGUACAGGAAAUUAUAAGAACUGAAGGUGCUCGUCUCUCUGGGACCAACCACACUCCAAACUCCACUUCCAGUGAAGAUGCCAAGUGUAGGAAGCUCGGCCUGCAAGUUGUUUCUGGUCUGAGUUCAGAGCUCGGUGAUGUGAAGAAAGCAGCUGCUAUGGAUUCUGAUGUACUUAGCAGUGAUGUCUCCAAGCUUUCUAGAGGGAUUGAGAAUAUCAGCGAGGUGGUGCGAUUAAAUGAAACAUUGGGAAUGGUGGAGAGCUGUCAGAGAUUUUCAGAGUCAAUGACGAGGUUCAUGAAAAUGGCUGAGGGGAAGAUUUUAAGGAUUCAAGCCCAAGAAAGUGUUGCUUUGUCACUAGUAAAGGAGAUCACGGAAUACUUCCAUGGUAAUUCCGCCAAGGAAGAGGCUCACCCCUUCAGAAUCUUCAUGGUGGUUAGAGACUUUCUUAGUGUUCUUGAUCGUGUGUGCAAAGAAGUUGGUAUGAUAAAUGAGCGAACAGUUGUUAGUUCUGCCCAUAAAUUUCCAGUUCCAGUUAAUCCAAUGCUUCCAGUUCCUGUAAAUCCAACGCUGCCACAGGUUUUUUCUGGAUCCAAUGCAAGGAAGCAGUGUGAUUCCUCCGAUGAUGAGAGUGCUUCUCCUUAAUAUUUGUGGCUCUUGUUCAUAUGAGGGUAAACUUAUUGUUGCACCUAGCCAGGAAAUGCCUAAGGUGGGUGAAUUGGGCAGGUUGGGGUUCUCAUGGGUUGGCAUCUGGCUUGCCAGAUUUCUGUAAUUUAUUUUUCUUCAAUAUUUGUAUAAAUCCAUGACAAAGAUUUUGUAAUUUGCUUUUGUCAUAUAGAUAGUAUACGACGAGGUUUUCUUUGGGUGAAGUAGGGCAAUAUGCUGGCUUGACUCGCAGUCGACAAUGGCAAUGUCGUCACGUAAGCCUGUCGAAAACUUCAAUUAUAGGAAAGCUAAGCUGUUCUGUUAUGCAAGUCAUGAGCAUAGGAUGUAUUCCUGUUGUAUACAUUAGAACAAUCUGUACUGUACCUAAUUAGUAAUUGUUGUCUUUUUCUGAAA